CAUCUUCACGUCUGUAAAAUGAAACCGAAAGCCAGUUCUCUUCACGUUCGUAAGGAAGAGCUCCAAGCAUCCUAGUUUCCAGUUGCCGAACUAAAUUUCCCUGACGACGGCCUCUCUUCCGGAGCAAAAUGGAAGAUAUCCUAACGGAGGUUCCUCCUCCUUCAAGGUUUUUCCAAGAUGAUCUUAACAAUUUCGCUCCUCCAUCACCACCUCUUCCUUCCCCAUUUCUGUUGUUAUCCAAUCCUAAACCUAUUGAACCUCUCCGCCCAUCUUUACUUGUCGUUGCCAUUUCUUCCCCUUCUCUACAUCUUUUCCAUCAUUUAUCUGAUAAAACCCUUAUUGGAAGUCUCAUCCUACCUGAAAUUCCUUUCUCUGGGAACCAUAUCCAACCCUCGGUUUAUGACAAAUCUUGUAACAUUUACUCCAUUGAUCAAGAUAAUGAACAAGUUAUCCUUGUUUCCAUUCAGUGUUCUGUUCCUGCAGAGAGAUCCCUCCUUGUUGCAAAACUACUGCUUGGUGAUAAAAUUGUUCCUGAGAGGGUUCUGAUCUUGGAUAGUCUUCAGAGCCAAAAUUUUCGGGGCAGGCUCUCAACUGAUGAGACUCUUGCUUUCAAGCUGGAGACGUCUUCUGAAAGAAAGAGUCGAGAUGAGGGUUAUGGUGGUUCACCAUUGUUAAAGGGCCUUGAUUACUAUCCAUCUGGUAGUGUUGUAGAUGGCUUGGCUGCUGCUUUGCUUGGACGUUGUCAGAUGAAGAAUAUCAAGGGAGCCCUCUUUGUUUCAUGGCCUGAAUAUGGAAGUGAGGUGAUAUCUCUGCUUAGAUCUUUACUUCACCAAAAUGUACUCUUGGGACCUACAUUAGAAUUCUGUACUGAAAGUAAUAAUGGGGAUGGGUACCUGAACCGGAUUAAGGACCUGGAAUUAUACACCUAGAAGAGUUGGGUUGUGAGAUUACUAGUUAUGUCUAUUGUAUGGUGCACUUUUUCUUUCUUUUUUUUUUUCUGUGCCCCAGAUACUGUUGAAAUAGAUAGAAACUCACAAGGUCAUCCUUAUUGAGGAGGAUGAAAUUCGACAAUUGCUUCUUAAAAGCUAUUUCCUACUGUAUAUGCUGAUUGUUAUGGGCUAUGGACGGUGUUUAUGUAAUUGUUUUAGUGUUAGGCUGUUAGCUUAGCUAAUACCAAUGGUAUAUUCAGCUCUU